AUGAAAAAGAGAAGGAAGAGAAACACAACUGCAAAGCGACUGCGCGCUCAAAAGAAUGCACGAGCCGCUGCCACGCACACAGCGACGGUCGCAUCGUGCACGACGACUUCUCAGGCCGUUCCAGAGGCGGAAGCAGUCUCUGAGACUGGGCGACCAGCUUCUGAAGCUGCGCCAGAAGGUUCAAUAGCUACGAUAGUAUUGACAGACGCUGUUUCGGUGGGCACAGAGCCCUAUCCAGUUACGAAGGACUCUUCUACGAGGGGGAAGAAGAAGCGGGUGCCACGAACAGCACUGCAGCUUGCGUCAGCUCUCAGCGCCGCGCUGGAGGAAGAGGAGGAGGCUUCUCGAGCCCAUGUGUCCACCACACAGUCCAAUGUCACUAAAGUGGGGGAAUUAAAGGAUUCUUCCAUUUGUCGCACUGCAAACACAGAUUUGACACAUUCUGACACCGACUAUGUGUCUAGCGACAUAAACACUGAUAGUGACAGCGACUGUGAGAUGUACUGGCGCAUUUACGGCAAGAAUCACUGUAAUGGACCCGCUGUGUGCCCACUACUUCGGCUUACACGUUAG